AACAGGAAUGUGUAACAUCUCUAAAGCGGUGACAGUGCUUUCCUCUACUGCAGUGACAGGUUUUAUGGAUGUACAAGAAGUAGAACUGAAGUGGAGAAGGACUCACAAGGAAACAGAUAACAUCACUCUUAAUCCAGACACAGCCCACCCCAACCUUUCCAUUUCUGGGGCUAAGAAGAGUUUGAAACAUGAAGCCCAACCUCAAAAUGUUCCAUCAACUCCAGAGAGGUUCGAUUCAACUGUGUGUGUGUUGGGCUUGGAAGGAUUCUCCUCUGAAAAGCACUACUGGCAGGUGGAUGUCGGGAGCAGCACUGACUGGGACCUGGGAGUGGCCAGAAUAUCAAUACAGAGAAAAGGAAAACUUUCCUUAUGUCCUAAAGAGGGAUUCUGGAUUCUGGGUUUCAGUGGGAGAGAUUAUUGGGCAAAAACAGAUCCAUGGACCCGGGUCAUGGUGCAGAAAAAGCCCAAUAAAAUUGAAGUUUACCUUAGUUACCAAGAUAGCCAGGUGACCUUUUUCAAUGUAACUGAUGGGUCUGUGUUGUUCACAUUUAAUGAUUGUUCAUUCUCAGGAGAGGUUUAUCCAUUCUUUAAAAAUUCACACAAAGAAACAACAAUGAGAAUUUGUUCUAUAAGAGAAGAUGAAGGAUCUUAAAAUGCCACUAUGACUCAUUUAUCUGACUAUCUUUGAAAUCAAGUUUCUCACCAAUUAAUUUGAAUUACAUUUUGCCUCUGUGUUGUCUGUGGUGUCAGCUGUGAAACAGCACUGCUAUUCAUUUUAUGACU